AUGCCGAACUGCAGGGGAAUUGAGUUGUUAAAAUGUUGUCUGACAUCACAACACACACAACACGCUUACAGGCAUAAGGCUUCUCUUGUGAAACGCAUGCAGAAGGAUUCUGACGAGACAUACAACGCCAACAUCAACAACAAUCAAGAAUCAUACUGCUUCUUCAAGAACAGUUGCGCGCGCAACUUGCAGCCACAACAACAACACAUUCCUCUCCAACAACAACAACAACGAUACAGCAUGCAACAACCUCAACAAUUGUAUCAGCAACAACAACAACAACAACAACAACCCAGUGUCAUGCAAGCACCGCACACCUAUGAGUAUCGUCUGCUAACCAGUGACAAUUACACGACCUACACAUUCAACACAAAAUCGUCAACAACAACAACAACAACAACUGCACCUCUAUUAACAACAAACGCAACGAAACAAGCUGAUCAACUUUCAACGACUCCGAUGGUGAUACGGGACGCCGUAUUCUCAAACAACAUCAACAACAAUCUUAGCGACAUUGAAAAUUUCAACAACAGUAAUUUUAGUGAUUUCAACAUUGUCAUCAACAACAACAACAACAAAAAAUGUCAAUAA